AUGGCCAGUAAACGGAAAGCGAUUAGUGUUGACGAAAAAGUUUGUGUGAUACGUGCGAUUGAAAAGGGAGAAAAGAAAAGUGACGUUGGAAGGCGUUUUGAACUAAGUCAAUCCACUGUUGCUACCAUUUGGAAAAACCAAAAAACAAUUCUACAGGCGGCGCUGGAAGGAAACUUGUCUAAAAAAUUGAGAAAGCCAAAAUUCGAAGACUUAGAUCAGGCAAUGUUGUCGUGGUUUAACAAUCAGCGCCAGAAUAAUGUACCCAUCUCGGGGCCAAUUGUAAAAGCUAAGGCUGAAAAGUUUGCCAACCAACUUGGCAUAAUUGACUUUAAAGCAUCUGAAGGUUGGCUCGGAAAAUUUAAGCACCGUCAUCAAAUUACGUACGGUAAAAUGAACGGAGAGGCGCGGGAUGUCGAUAUGAAUGUGACUAACAAUUGGAUUAGUACAGUGUGGCCUAAUUUAAAGAUGAAAUACUCACCAGAAGACAUUUUUAAUGCAGAUGAAACUGGCCUUUUUUUCAAGUUGACUCCCGACAAAACUUUAAAAUUCAAAGGGGAAAAAUGUGUUGGAGGAAAACUGUCUAAAGAGCGCAUUACAGUUCUAGUGGCUGCCAAUAUGAGUGGCACAGAAAAAAGAAAGCUUUUAGUUAUAGGCAAAUCGAAAAACCCUCGGUGUUUCAAGAACAUAAAACAGUUGCCAGUUACGUACAAAGCAAACAAGUCAGCUUGGAUGACAUCGCAGAUUUUUGAAGAGGAAGUGAGAAAAUGGGAUGCUGAAUUAAAAUCACGGAAAAUCUUGCUUCUAGUAGACAAUUGUCCUGCUCACCCAAUCAUAUCUAAUCUUCGAAACAUAGAGUUAGCAUUUUUCCCAGCUAAUACAACCAGUAUUUUACAACCAAUGGAUCAGAGUGUAAUUAAAUCCCUAAAGGGCCACUAUAGACGGAAAAUGUUGAUGGAUAUGAUAGAAACUGACGGCAAGGUCUCGAUCAACAUGCUACAAGCAGUGAACUUCAUAUCAAAAGCCUGGCAAGAGGUAACAGCGGCCACUAUCCAACAUUCUUUUCGACAUGCCGGAUUAUGUAGUAGCCAAGAAACGUACCAAUUUAACAGUGAAGACAAUCUACCACUGAAUGAGGAUGUAGCCACAACUGGUACACUUACAGAUGAACAAAUUGUUGAUUUAGUGUCAAAAAGUCAGGAAACACCCGAUAAUCAAGAUGAAGAAGACGAUCAAGUGGACAAAGCCGAAUCACCACCAACAAUUCAACAAGCCCUAGAUGCCGCUAAGUUGGUAGAAAAAAAUUUGUUGUUUAAUCAAGACGAUUCCACCACAUAUCUAGAUAUGAAUAGAAUACAUAAAAUAAUACAAAACAAGUACUGGCAUAGCAAAAAACGUCAGACGAAAUUAUCAGACUAUAUGUGUAAACAA